AGUUGAGAACAAGAGUUGAGAAUUCUCUCUCUAAGGCUCUGAAGAAAGGUUUCCGGUUGAAGACAGAUCGCUUGUGCCUUAUAAGAAUCAGAAAUGGCUUCAUGGGGUGCAGGAAGCUCAUGUGAGCUGCCAGUUACUGAUUGAGUUCUGCCUCCAACAGAUCUGGGGAUGAAGGCUGCCGGCAUCUUGGCCCUGAUUGGCUGUCUGAUCAUGGUCACUGAGCCCAAAAUCUACACUCGCUGUAAACUGGCAAAAAUAUUUUUGAGGGCUGGCCUGGACAAUUACCAGGGUUUUAGCCUUGGAAACUGGAUCUGCAUGGCAUACUAUGAGAGCCGCUACAAUACAACAGCUGAGACCCAGCUGGAGGAUGGAAGCAUUGACUAUGGCAUUUUUCAGAUAAAUAGUUUCACGUGGUGCAGACGUGCUAAGCUACAAGAGAAGAACCACUGUCACGUUGCCUGCUCAGCCUUGAUCACAGAUGAUCUCACAGAUGCAAUUCUAUGUGCCAAGAAAAUUGCUAAAGAGACAGAAGGGAUGAACUACUGUUGGUUCACGGUGCAGGAGGACGGAAAAGAGAAACCAGUCUCAGUCACAGACACAGCAAGCACGUCUGUUUAAUCUGAUCCUCCUGUAACAGCACAAAGAAGGGAAACAGAAGGUCAGAAGCAAUAAACAGUCUCACAGAAGAGGGGAAGGCAAAAGAGAGACAAAGACGAUAUUUUCUUACACGAGGCUGCAACUCCACCAACUUUUGCCACCAGGGCCCCCCUUAACUGAUGGACAGCCCAAACCCAACACCGCGUCUUGAUCAGGGACGUUUGCCUCGCCUUUGUUC